ACUAUGGGGAAUGAGAUCUUGAGAUGCGGAUUCGGUCGGUGAGUCCAAAUAUAUCUCGUGCUGGUGAGUGAACGUUCAUGCUGACAUGUUCCAGCGUUUCGUCGGGCUGCGAAAGGAACAACUACUGAAGUUCCUUCUAUAUGGUCCGCCUACGGAGACUAAGACUUCGAGCGAGUUGGAAGCCGUUUCAGGUGGAGCAGUGCUUCGGCCCGUCAUGUUUCAGGAUACUGGCGCCAAUCAACAUCUCACGAGGCUUCAGGCGAUGAACUGGUCCUCCACGUCUCCCUCUAAACUCCACGACUCCAAGCUCUGACCGCGGUAGUAUAAUGCACGGUGUCCUGCCAAAUUCCCUAGCACCGCCCAAUCCUUUGCAUCAACUACGCCCUCCUCAACCGCUUAGGAUGAAGAAUAGAGAUAAGAGCAGCACACUCGAGGGGCACACCUGGGCGCAUCGUCCGCCUCCUGAGGAUGUCUAUGAGCAUCUCGAAGAGUUCUUCCCGGAUCAUGAUCUCGACAAACCCAGCAUUGAAGAUUCUCGUGGAACACCUCCUACUUCCGUAGAACAGACCUACGGAAUUCCAAAUAUCGUUGAUAGAGACAAAGCGCUGGUACCACCACAGAAGUCUAUCCGUACUGUUGUAGAACAGCACAAGAAGCGGAUAGAUCGCGUUUCCAGGGGUGAGCCAUCAGCCGACACGAUGGUCUGGCGGAAGAGGAACACGAAAAUAUGGGGCGGUCCAAUCGAGGAAAUCGAUCCCUCGUUGCAGACGAAGGCGAAUCUUGACCCCUAUGCAGCUGGUCCUGACAGGAUACUCAAAUGGGUCCGUGGUGAACUCAUCGCCAAAGGGACGUAUGGCCGUGUGUAUCUCGCUCUCAAUGCCACCACGGGCGAGAUGUUCGCUGUCAACCAACGAAUGAAAUCUGUACAAGCAUUCAAAACGGAGAUUGAGACGUUGAAAGAUCUCGACCAUCCUCACAUUGUGCAGUACCUUGGGUUCGAGGAGACAAAGACAUUCUUGAGCAUUUUCCUGGAAUACGUGCCCGGUGGCUCGAUUGGACGUCGCCUGCGAGAUCAUGGCAAAUUCGACGAGGAAGUUACGAAAUCGUUCACCGGACAGAUUCUCGAGGGUCUGGAAUAUCUCCAUUCCAAGAAUAUCAUACACCGAGAUUUGAAGGCAGACAACAUUUUGUUGGAGAGCACGGGAAUUUGCAAGAUCUCUGACUUCGGAAUUUCAAAACGCGCUGACGAUCCCGAUGGGACGGCGUCACAUGUGAUGCAGGGCACAGUUUUUUGGAUGGCACCGGAAGCCAUACAUCCCCAGAACAAGGGCUAUAACACUAAAGUUGACAUAUGGAGUGUGGGCUGUGUUGUCCUUGAGAUGUGGUCAGGGAAGCGGCCAUGGAGUGAUGACGAAGCUGUGACGGUCAUGUUCAAGGUAUACCAGAAUAAGCAACCCCCGCCCAUAUCUUCCGAUGUGGUGCUGUCCGAUCUUGCAAAGGACUUCAAGGACAGAUGUUUCACAAUUGAUCCGGAAGAACGCGCGAGCACUGCAGAACUUUCGCAACAUCCGUAUUUGGAGCUUCCAAGGGGCUGGGCAUUUAAAAGUUUCAAGUAGGGCCUCAUUCCAUAUCCCCUAACUAUAUCAGCCAUUUCUUGUCGUAUCUACUCUUAUGUGUUCCAAUCGCGCGUCUUUCGCUCGCUGUUCUCAAGGAUCUCUUUUCCAAUUAGAGAAUGCGCCCGUUGCUGUCUCCCCCACAUCAUCUCCCCGACCCCGCAAAGUCUUCUUUGCAAGAUUCUUGGAAUCUACUACUACU